AUUCAUUUACAUUACAAGUUAUCGAAAUUCAAUCAUCACUGAAAUUUUCAAAAUAAAUAAAUAAAUAAAUAAGUGGACGAAGUUUUCAAGUCGAUAGUAUUGUACAAAACAUGUCAUGCAUUGUAAUAAACCAAAACCGUGUCACCAGUGAUUUUGACAAAUUAUACGUGCCUCGGGUGAUCCUAAUGGGCAUUGGAAUUUUGACCAUAUGUUGUGUACAGUACUAUUUUUGCGUGGAACAUAAGCUUUCAGCUGCCGCCAUGUCGUCAUUUUUCGUACACCAAUUAUAAAUUAUAAACGACAUAAAGCGCAAUUUAAUGUGGACAUAUUCAGAUUUAAACGGCCUUUGGAUCUAUGUCGCAGUACCUUAGCCCAAUAGGAAAACAAUUACAGAAAAUCAAGAGACAAGAAGAUGGCCCGGCUUGCAGUCGCAUUGGUAUUGAUCAUGGCUGCUGCUUACGUCACAGCUGACGAAGAGUCCAAAUGUGCAAUCGUGAAACACCGUGUAUUUCCAUACAAUGCACGUGAGGUAGAGGCUGAUAUCGUCAAAUUGGUAGAAGAUUGCCCAUGUGGUAGCAUUUGUAACGAUGGAAUCUGUGAACAAGGUUGUAAGUUGUAUGAUACAUUUAUUGCGGCUGGUUCCGAGUCCGAAGUUUACGGCAGAAAGUGCAGAUGCGGUGAUACACCUGAUGAACGCGGCAUGGUUCUCAAGUGUGAAGAGGGUGUAGAAUUCAUCGGUGCUCCAGAAGGUGUUGCUGAGUGGGAAAACAACCCGGCUUGUAAGGAAGCUGACAACACCGUUGCUUAAACGAAGUGACCGCAUCUGAUUAAUUUUACAUGUAUCUGUUUCCAUUUUAUCUGAAUAAAUGCCUUUCUGCCU